AAAGAAGUAAAAAUUUUGUUGUCACCCAUCAUUCGUCCGCUGGCUUUUGUAUCGCAAAGUACGGUUAUUUUGUCUGCGCGUUUUUCGCCUUUGGUUUCCUCCCUCCCGAACCGCGAGUGGAAGUUCCGCGGGUCGUCCCAUCAUUGAAAUUCGCAAAUUCAAUGAAUAUCGAGAAUCCGUGAAAAACAUUGGUGUUGUGCUCGCUAAUUCGGCGUGAUUUUUGUGUGUCUGUGCUGUAUUUGAUGAGUUUUUAAUGCGGAAAAUGAAGCCUGAGCCUCGCAAAUGACGAGACUGCGGCGGGGUGGUAAUUAAAUUUCGAUGAGCAAUCGCAACGUCGAAAAGAGCCAACAAAGAAGAAAAAGUGAGGAGGCGUAACGCUAGAGCACUCAUUCCAAACCGCCUGCAGACCCCCUCCAUCCAUCCACGUCAUCGCCGGGCGGUGCAGGUCAAUCGCCCGCCGCUAUUCUGGUAAAGAAUGAUAGCGGCCAACAACACUCGCAGUACCAACAAUGAUCCGGUGGAAUCGUCGGAAUCUUCUCCGAUUACGGGGGCAGCGAACGGCUCAUCCCGGCUGAUGCGCCAAUUCGGCAGUUUGUUCCAGCCGGCGGCGCAGCGCAAUGACCCCGCCGGAUAUGUCGAAUUCGGAAGCAUCUCCGAGGCGGACGUCCACUCCGGUCGGACGCUGGGGACAUUCGCGGGGGUGUUCUGCCCGGUGGCGCUCUCCAUGUUCAGUGCAUUGGUGUUCAUUCGAGUCGGGUUCAUCGUUGGCAAUGCCGGUCUGUAUGUUACGCUGCUGCAGUUCGUGAUAGCUUAUGUAAUUUUGUUGUUUACCGUUUCGUCUGUCUGCGCUAUCUCAACGAAUGGGGCUGUUGAGGGCGGUGGAGUCUAUUUUAUGAUAAGUCGUACGUUGGGCCCGGAAUUCGGAGGAUCGAUCGGCACCUUGUUUUUCCUUGCUAACAUCGUUGGCUGUGGUUUGGCGAUUUCCGGAUGCGCCGAAGGAUUGAUUCAGAACUUCGGUCCCACGGAUGGAGGUGAUGUGGGCUCCAUCCCGGACGGUCGUUGGUGGCGAUUCUUGUACUGCAGUUCCAUCAAUACCGUGAUGUUGCUGGUUGUGCUGAUCGGUGCGGAAAUGUUCGCCAAAACAUCGAUGAUGAUUUUGGGAGUGGUGGUCGUUUGCUUGCUAUCGACGUAUGUAAGCUUCUUAUCGAUGGGACCGAUGGAAGUGGCGAUUCCUGUGGAAAACAGUUUGGUCCAGAACGCGACCAAUAAAGCAUUAGGGAAUUACACCGGACUCAACAUGACCACAUUAGCCUCGAAUCUCUAUAGCCACUACGGACAAGAUUACACAUCUAGUGGUAACGCAGUCAACUUUGCAGUGGUUUUCGGUGUGCUGUUCUCCGGCGUUACAGGAAUUAUGGCUGGAGCCAACAUGUCUGGCGAAUUGAAGAAUCCAUCUCGUAGCAUUCCCAGUGGAACUCUGUCGGCUGUUCUCUUUACAUUCCUAUGCUACAUAGCUCUAUCCGUGUUGAUGGCCGCAACUACAUCCACCUUCUUGUUACAGAACAACUUCCUAUUCCUAGGACCGGUCAAUUUAUGGCCGACAUUCGUAACAAUCGGAAUCCUGACGGCCACCUUUUCGACGGGCUUGAGCAACUUAAUCGGUUCUAGUCGGGUUUUGGAAGCAUUAGCCAAAGACAAAGUAUUCGGAUCACUGCUGAACUUCGUUGUUAAAGGAACGCUGAAGAACAACCCGAUUGCCGCCGUAAUUGCCAGUUGGGCCUUAGUAGAAGCAAUCCUGCUGAUCGGUUCUUUGAAUACGAUUGCUCAAAUCAACUCCGUCCUUUUUAUGCUGUCCUACUUGGCUACCAACCUUGCUUGCCUGGGAAUUGAAAUCACUGGAGCGCCCAACUUCCGGCCAACGUACAAAUAUUUCACCUGGCACACGGCUUUCAUCGGCAUGGUCGGAACCGGAGUGAUGAUGUUUGUCAUCAAUCCCAUCUACGCUUCCUGCAGUGUGACCCUCUGCUUACUGUUAGUCUUUGCAUUGCAUUUCUUCUCCCCGGCAUCCCAAGGAGCUCAGUGGGGCUCGAUUUCGCAAGCCCUCAUGUUCCAUCAGGUACGGAAAUACCUCCUAAUGCUGGACUCCCGCAAAGAUCACGUCAAAUUUUGGCGCCCGCAAAUGCUUCUCCUUGUCUCGAGCCCACGGUCAUGCUGCCCACUGAUUCAUUUCGUCAACGACAUGAAGAAGGGCGGAUUGUACGUGAUUGGUCACGUAAAAGUGGGAGAAUUUUCCGAAAACGACUCCUCCAACGAUCCAACCAUCGAAGAAUACACCCAGUGGCUGUCCCUCAUCGAUCACAUGAAGGUUAAAGCCUUCGUGGAAUUGACCCUAUCCAAAAGCGUUCGCGAAGGAAUCCAACAUCUGAUUCGAAUUUCCGGCAUAGGCGCGAUGAAACCGAACACCAUCAUUCUCGGAUUCUACGACGAGGAGCAAUCCAAAGACUUUUUCGAACAUGAAAACUCCCCGUACAAAACGUCCGAAUUCGACGACAACGGUAUCAAACUGUUCCCAUUCCGGCGCAGUGGCGAGCAGAAGUCGCUCCUUCCUACGGAUUACGUCCAGAUCAUAGACGACGUGCUGCGGAUGAAGAAGAACAUCUGCCUGUGCCGGCAUUUCCACCGCUUGGACAAGCAAAUGAUCGCACGCAGCAACCACAUCCGCUACAUCGACGUUUGGCCGGUGAACAUCUUUGAGCCGAAGAACGAUGACCCCUUUGACGUGGUGUCCCAGUUCAUGAUGCAGCUGGCCUGUAUCAUCAAUAUGCUACCAGUGUGGAAGCGCCUGGAGUUGCGCGUCUUUCUGUGUGAGUCGGAUCCCCAGCCGGAACCCAGUACUUUCCAAAUGAACAGCGCUCCAUUCGAGCGACCGGCCGAGCAUCGAUUGAGUCUUCUGCUCAAAUCGCUGAGGAUCUCCGCUUCGAUACAUCAGAUUCCGGAGUGGGGUAAGGACAUGGAUGUUCCACGGCAUCGCAACAUUCUGAAGCAGUUCACCAGCCAGAGCGAUAGCAACCAAGUGAUGACGGAAGAAAAUAUCAAUCGCUCGAAGCUGUAUAUGCAGAGAGUCAACCAAAUCAUCCGUGAUAAAUCGAACGCUACGGCCGUGACAUUUAUGUACCUGCCGGCGCCACCAAAGCUGUCGACGAUCGACUACAAGGAAAAAUGCCACCACUAUUUGGAUCUCCUCACCGAGCUGACGUACGACUUGCCACCGACGAUAUUGGUCCACGGUAUCAACUCUGUGAUGUCCACUACGCUGUAAACGGAUUGUUACUACCACCACAGCUACCAUUCUUCCCCGAUGCUUGCAAGGUGCUAACUACACACGUCAAUCGGCCCGUAGGAACAUUUAAGCAUAGUUUUUUCCGUUCCCAUUAGGUUUUAAAAGACACACCCAAUCUACAUUGGUUUUGAUAUCUGUUUAUGUUGAGCAUGAGAUCCCAAAUAGUAACACUUGAAGCUCAGAAAUUCUCGCAUUUAGUAUCAUAAGGGCGUAACUGCAGUUAACGAUUACUUCUUCGUCAAUAAUAUGGCAUGCUAGAUGUAUCGAAUUUCGCAAAACGUUCAAAGGAGAAAUCAGUCAUAGCAGUUACGUCCAUAUGGUAUUAAACGUAAGAUUUUAACAGUUUUCGAAAACAAAAGUUAAAAAUGCAGUUUCUACCGUACAGUUCACAAAAUGAACGAAUCGUUCUUUUGUCGAAAAUACGUAUGAAAACUGUAUUUUUAAAUUUCAAAUUAUUGUUUAUUCUCGAGUAAAUCAUCACACCUUAACAGGCUGUAUAAUAAUCUUCUCCCACUAUAGAAAGGGGACACUGAGAAUAGUGUGAAUGCUUAGGAUUAGCGUACUCUUCCCAAUUAGCAUACUACUAAAGACAUGAGACUCAUCACGUAUUAGUGCAUUUUUAUUAUUUAUUACACAUAUUAUGGUUUAAAACUAAUAAGUGUCUGAUUGGUAUUAACUCUGAUGGCAUAUACUAGGUAAUAAUUAUUAGAAAAGAAGAAUCGCAGUAUUUAGCACUUACUAAGCGAUCCUAUCACCGCUGCAAAAAGAUUAGCAACGCAUGUGGUAUUAACGUACAAUAAAAUAUAUAUCAUUCUCUAGUUGUGAUGACCGGAAAGCAAACAUUUUGUGGAACUCUACAUUUCAGCGUACUACUCCAGAAGGACGGAACUCUCCGAACAAAAGCGUAUUUAAUAUAUUUGAGAUGGUAUACCGAUUGCAACAGAUAGUAACGGAUCUAUCAAUAUAUAGAUGUCUACAUAUAUUUUAAUAGGAAAA